AUGAAGAGAGGGACGUGGUUUUGGAGGGCUCUGGCAGAGGUGUUUCUUCUUAGUGCUGCCCUGGGUUGUCUCAGUUUGCCUGGCUCCAGAGAACAAAGACCACAAUCUCUUGAGUCAAAUACAGUCAACAGUAGCCUUGCUAAGAGCAGACAGGUGCGGAGUGUGGAUGUCUCCCAGAUGCCCAUUGACUGUGAGCUAUCCAGUUGGUCUUCCUGGACUGCAUGUGACCCUUGUCAGAAGAAGAGGUACAGACAUGCCUACUUGCUCCGGCCCUCUCAGUUCCAUGGGGAACCAUGCAACUACCCUGACAAGGAAGUGGAAAACUGUGUUACCAGCAGACCAUGCCGAAGUCAGGUGCGAUGUGAAGGCUUUGUGUGUGCACAGACAGGGAGGUGCAUAAACCGCAGGCUCCUCUGCAAUGGGGACAACGACUGUGGGGACCAGUCAGAUGAGGCAAACUGUAAAAGGAUUUAUAAAAAGUGUCAGCAGGAAAUGGACCAAUACUGGGCAAUCGGCACUCUGGCAAGUGGGAUAAACCUGUUCACGAACAGUUUGGAGGGCCCAGUCCUUGACCACCGGUAUUAUGCUGGUGGAUGUUCCCCGCAUUACAUCCUGAACACGAGGUUUAGGAAGCCGUACAAUGUGGACAGCUACACCCCACAGACCCAAGGCAAAUAUGAAUUUAUGUUAACCGAAUAUGAAUCAUACUCAGAUUUUGAACACAAUGUCACAGAAAAAGUGACUAGCAAGUCCAGUUUCAGCUUUGGUUUUAAAAUACCCAAAAUAUUUGAAUUUGGCAUUAAAGAAGCAAGCAAUGAAGGCAAGCAUUAUAUUAGCAGAAUCAAACGAUUCUCUCAUACUAAAAGCAAGUUUCUGCAUGCACGCUCUGACCUUGAAGUAGCACAUUACAAGCUGAAACCCAGAAGCCUCAUGCUCCAUUAUGAAUUCCUUCAGAGAGUCAAGCAGCUGCCCCUGGAGUACAGCUAUGGCGAGUACAGAGAUCUCUUUCAAGACUUUGGGACCCACUACAUCACGGAAGCCGUGCUUGGGGGCAUUUAUGAAUAUACACUCAUUGUGAACGAAGAGGCCAUGGAGAGAGCAGAUUAUUCACUUGACAAAAUAUGGGCCUGUGCCAAGAAUGAUUUCCAAAUUGGUGGUGCCAUUAAAUAUGUCUACGUCAAGCUGGGUGUGUCGAAAAAGUUGUGCCAGGACAUUCUGAAUGAAAUCAAAGAUAGAAACAAGAGAAAAACUAUGAUAGAGGACUUGGUGGUCUUGAUAAGAGGAGGGGCCAGUGAGCACAUCACUGCCUUGGCAUACAAGGAGUUGCCAACAGCUGACCUGAUGCAGGAGUGGGGAGACGCUGUGCAGUACAACCCAGCCAUCAUCAAAGUGAAGGCAGAGCCUCUGUAUGAACUGGUGACAGCCACUGAUUUUGCCUACUCCAGCACUGUGCGGCAGAACAUGAAGCGGGCUCUGGAGGAGUUCCAGAGUGAAGUCAGCUCCUGCCGCUGUGCCCCCUGCCAAGGCAAUGGAGUCCCUGUCCGUAAAGGAUCCCGCUGUGAUUGCAUCUGCCCUGUCGGUUUCCAAGGCCUGGCCUGUGAGCUCACCUAUCGCAAAGACAUCCCCAUUGAUGGACAGUGGAAUUGCUGGUCUGAUUGGACUCCGUGCUCUGGAGGACGGAAAACCAGACAAAGGCAGUGCAACAAUCCAUCUCCUCAACAUGAGGGCAGCCCCUGUGCAGGCCCUGCAUCGGAGAUGCUGGACUGUUGA